GAGAACAGAGGACCAGAUCAGUGGAAACUGGGAAGAGAGAGAGAGAGAGCUGGAGCUUGGAGAGGAGAGAGAGAGAGUGAAAGAGAGAGUGAGGUGGGGAAAUGGACCACAACGGCGGCGGUGGGAAUAGGGCGGAGGCGUUGCGGUGGCUGAGCAUAGCGGAGAAGCUUCUGGCGGCGCGUGAUUUUUAUGGAACUAGGAGCUUUGCGAUCCGGGCUAGGGAAUCGGACCCAAUAGUGCUGGAGGCGGCGGAUAGGGUAAUUGCUGUGGCGGAUACACUGCUGGCGGCGGAGGGACGGAUCAACAAUCAGUAUGAUUGGUAUAGUGUUUUGCAAAUUUCACAGCCGACUCAGAGCAUUGAGCUAAUUGCUACUCAGUAUCGGCGACUAGCGCUUCUUCUUCACCCGGAGGCCAAUAGAGUGGCUUUUGCGGAUCACGCUUUCAGGCUUGUGUCUGAUGCAUGGUGUGUGCUUUCGAAUCCGUUGAGAAAAGCGUUGUAUGAUAACGACUAUCUUAUGUGCUCCAACAAGUUUAGCCCUGGAACGACUGGGUCGAGUCAAAAACCGAAGUCCCCGCCGCAGCAGCCACAAUUUCCGCAGCCGGUUAGAACUAGUCCGACGAAGGAGACUAGGAUGACGGUAGAGGAGCCUCAGCAUCAGGAGCGGCCACCGCCGCCGCCACCGCCGCCACAGCCGGAACGCCAGCAACCGCCACCGCCACAACCUCCGGUGCAGCCGCCACAGCCACCACCUCCUCAACCAUCUCCUCACCGGCCACAGCAGCAGGAAGAUCCGCAGCAGCAGCAGCAAUUUGUAAGAAAAACCCCCAAAUCGAUGAAUGCUAAAUUAACCUUAGAGGAAGAGAGGCCAAAUGUCAGUGAUGUCAAUGCUUCAACUCAGGAAGCUACUCAGCAGCACAUUGAUUCAAGUCCUCCCUCACGGGAGGCUGAGUCUACUUUACCGACUGAGUCCACUUUGCCGACUGAGUCGAACAUUCCGAGUUUCUGGACUGCUUGUCCAUAUUGUUAUAAUCUGUAUGAAUACCCUAAGGGUUACGAGGAUUGUGUGCUUAGGUGCCAGAAUUGUUCCAAGGCAUUUCAAGCACUGGUUAUUCCUUCACCGCCGGUAGCUGAUAGUGCUUCUACCUUCUGCUGCUGGGGGUUUUUCCCACUUGGGGUUUCUCCCAAUGCUAAAGGGGCAGUGGGAUCUGUAGCCUGGUCGCCUUUUUCAGCUAUGUUCUCCUGUCCUUUGCCUGGUAAGGUGGGAAUAAAGCCGGGGAAAACUAGAAAUGUUAAACCCGUCAAGAAAUCUACACCAAAAUUUGUUUGUGAAGAGGAUGAUAUUUAUGUCGAAGUUUCCGAACCAAGUGACAGUUCUGAUGAAGAGUGGGGAAGGAUAAGUAAGAAGAAGAAGCCUAAGAGGGGUUUGGCGAGUAGAAUUGAUAAGAGAGCACAUUCUGAGAGCUCACUCAAAGGAAACCAAGGAAAUUUAGGGAAUGGAAACACAGAUGAAGUUGUGAAUAUGAAUGGGCAGUUUGGAGAACAAAACGGGUUGGUGAGGUUCGGUUUGUCAAACUCCACAAAGAGUGAGCCCAGUAAGAAGGCUGUGGCAGCCGCAGGGGGUACUGGGAAGAAGCAUAAAGGGAAAGGGCCAAAGGAACUAGGUAAGUUGGAUUUGAAUGUGGAAUUCAGCAAUGAGGUUGAAGAACCCGCCACAGGCGUAAGUGAAGGACAUGGGGAGGAUAACAUUGAAGGAAUUGGGUUCUUUGAGGGCCUUGAUGAAUUUUUGAGUAGUCUGCCAAUACUUAAUGCUGUGGCCGAUGAUAAGGUCAAAGCUAGUUAGUAAGGCUCUUGGAUGUUAUUCUUAACGUAAGACUCUUCCUUUUGUUCUGCAUGUUGUAUUUUGUUAUUGUAGUAUAAAAAUAAUUUGAAGCUCCAA